UGAUGCUCAUUAGUGUGCAGUGGCAGUUAAUUGGUUGAAAGUUUUGAAGAAAUUAGUUGGCAGUUAGUGUCUAAUUGAGUGCUUUUAUACAGUGUCUCUUGAUGAACUGUUUCAUUCAGUGGAGCUACGAAAUAUGCCUUGUGAACACAUAGUAUAUAAUAUCUUUUUACGUGAUUGUCCUUUGGUUUUGUGUUAACUGAAAUCGAGCUAAUGGGAAAUCAUUUCGAUAGUGAAGCUAGAAAGGAAAACUUAGAUAAUGAGGAACGAUUUUCACACAAUUCUGUGUAUUAGUUAAGUGAAUAGAUUUUCGUAUAAACGUUUAUGAAGUUGAUAUAAUUGUGAGUCAUUUUUAGUAGAACGGAGUUGUUGAAAACCUUGUGAGGAAUUUUGUGAUCAUCCUCUCCAAGUUCGGCACCAUGACUGACAAACAGAUCAUGACAAACAAACAUAAAAGGGCGGACAAACACGUCAUGACAAACAAACAACCGCUCCAGCGCUUCGGUGGAUCCAUGGAUCUCAAUAGGCUGGGUGUGGAUGACACCCACGCCCAGCCUUUCAUCCAUCCGCUGUAUCAAGUACAGCCACUUCACCCUCAUUCGCCUCACCCUUUCCAGCCCCAUUACCCCGCUCACCCGAUGCGCAGCCAACGCAGGAGGUCGUGGAACAAGCCCUCUCUGAUCCGACAAGGGCGUCAGGUAAGGUCCGUGUCGGUGUCAGAACCCCCUACGGAUCAGGACGUGGCUCAGGUCAACUCAAAUUCGGUGGAGUCACCUGAUGUCCUUUGUGGGACUCCUUCGAGCAGCUGUUCCUCGGGAGAACUUUACGACGUCUUUCCUGAAGUGUUUGAGGGGCACUCGAGCGGGGGCAGCGGCGACGGAGGCUCGGAGGGCGCAGAAGCGCUGCCCUCCGAAUACCAGAGCAGCACUCGCCGUCAGGAGAGUGUCACUUACGAAGAGUCCAUUCCGGUGAUUGUCCGUCGGAGGGGAUGCACUCUCACCGUUAGGAUAGUAUCAGUCGAGGAUAUCGAGUUGCCCAGGACGAACAGAGAUGCCAAAGUACCUCCUGGGGCGGGGGGUGCCUCGCCUGCUGAUAAGGCCGUCAAAACCAGUCGGCCCCAUCAUCCCAAGUCCUUCUCCACGCUCUCCUUGCCACAGCUGGAGUAUGGCUCAGGGGGAGUCGGGACGCCUCUAUCGCCGACGGUGCGUCGGUCGGUGGACGAAUCGUCCCUCUGGCGUCGCCGGACGGGGUGCCCUACCCUUGGGGUGACGGCCAGGCAGGCCUCCACGGAGGAACUCCGUCGGAGGCGGGAGAGUUUCGCUGCGAUGUCUCCUCACCACCUCUCUGCUGGAUCUAUCCACCAUGCCCCAGGUGGAAGUGAAAGCUCCAACCUUCUCCGUAUGAGAAGUUCUCUCCUGGGACAGUCAGCGCCUUCGCUUUCGAAUUCUUUGAAGGAACUGAGUUUGGUUCGUCGUGGUAGUCGGGUGCCUCCUGGUCAGAGGAAGAGUUUCAUUGCAACAACUUCUCCAACCCUCCCACGAUGCCACUCACCCCUUAGUCAGAGUAGCCCUAUGGAAUCUCCUAGGAAUAUGUCCCCUCUGCAGCACUUUGCCUUUGCCCCAGUCAAGAGUCGAGAUGGCCGCCGUUGGUCUGUGGCAUCUCUUCCUUCCUCAGGAUAUGGAACCACUCCCGGAUCUUCUAACGUAUCUUCUCAGUGUUCAAGUCAGGAAAGGCUGCACCAAAUUGGAGCUGUGGCAGGAGCAAGUGGGGGUAGUGAAGCCCCUGGGCCUGGCACAGCUUCUGCCACUGGUUCUCCAGCUGUCGAGGAGCUUCGACAUUCCCACGUCCGUCAUUUCUCCUCAGGGGAGAGUAACCCAUCCAUCGAUGAAGAUGGCCGUCGCUCUCCCAUGAAUCGUCCUCGUUCACGGUCCCUCAGUAGUCCUAUUCGAUCUCCUGUGGUUGACAAUGAAAUUAUAAUGAUGAAUACAUUGUACAAAGAACGCUUCCCCAAGGCCACACAGCAGAUGGAAGAAAGAUUACUGACUUUCAUAGAGGACAAUAAAUCUUUAGAAGUACAGGGAAGUCCUGAUAUAGCGCAAGAUUCUGUAGCAAUUGCUCGUUUUGUACAUCACCAAGUUCUGGAAAUGGCUAAAGAUUGUCUUCAAAAGUCACAAGAAAAGUUGAUUACCAGCAGAUACUUCUAUGAACUGUCAGAGAACCUUGAGAAGCUUUUGUCAGAGACCCGAGAGAGAAAUCACCCAGAUGCUGCAGCCCACUUGACAUCUCUGAUUAAAAAGCUAUUACUGAUAGUUUCAAGACCAGCAAGACUUCUUGAGUGUUUGGAGUUUGAUCCAGAAGAAUUUUAUCAUUUGCUUGAACAAGCAGAGGGUCAGGCAAGAACAAACCAAGGAAUCAAGACUGACAUCCCUCAGUAUAUUAUAACAAAACUGGGUCUCAACAGAGACCCCUUAGCAGAAUUGAGUGAUGAUCUGACAGUUGGCUGUCCCUUAGAAGAGAGCUUAUCUAGUGACAAGAGUGCAGCUGGCAGUGUCAGCAAAACUUCAUCUGAAUUUUCUCCUGAACAGUCUUCCACACCUUCUAAACCUACUCCUAAAGAGGAGGAGUAUGAAAAUAUCAAGCUUAUAUCUAAUGGAGCUUACGGAGCAGUGUACCUUGUUAGACACAAAAUUACUAAGGAGCGCUUUGCUAUGAAGAAGAUCAGCAAACACAAUCUCAUGCUGAGAAACCAGGUUGAGCAAGUCUUCAAUGAGAGAGAUAUCAUGAGUUUUACUGAUAAUCCUUUUGUGGUGUCGAUGAUCUGUAGCUUUGAGACCAAGCGUCAUUUAUGUCUUGUCAUGGAGUAUGUAGAAGGAGGAGAUUGUGCCACACUUCUGAAGAAUAUGGGUCCCUUGCCACCUGAUAUGGCAAAAUUCUACUUUGCAGAGACAGUUCUUGCAGUAGAGUACUUGCACAGCUAUGGAAUUGUACAUAGGGAUUUAAAACCAGACAACUUAUUGAUUACUGCUCUUGGGCACAUUAAGCUCACUGACUUUGGUUUAAGUAAGAUGGGAUUAAUGUCCUUGGCAACUAACCUUUAUGAAGGGUACAUUGAUAAAGAGACCAGGCAGUUUUCAGAUAAGCAAGUGUUUGGCACACCCGAAUACAUAGCUCCAGAGGUUAUACUGAGGCAAGGAUAUGGAAAACCAGUUGAUUGGUGGGCUAUGGGAGUAAUAUUAUAUGAAUUUCUCAUUGGAUGUGUCCCAUUCUUUGGAGAUACACCAGAGGAACUUUUUGCUCAUACGGUAAAUGACGAUAUAGAAUGGCCAAGUGAAGAUGAAGGUAUGGUCCCAGAAGAAGCUAAAGACUUGAUCACUGCGUUACUGCACCACUAGACCCCAUAGAAUCGUUUAGGAACAGUUGGUGGGGCGCUGGAGGUUAAAGAACACAUAUUCUUCCUGAGUAUUGACUGGGAUUCUCUCUUAAGAAUGAAGGCAGAAUUUGUACCUCAGUUGGACCAUGAUGAAGAUACAAGUUACUUUGACACACGCCUUGAUCGUUACAAUCAUGAAUUGGAAGAAGACAGUGAAGAAGGGGGUGAGCCAGAAGGAGGAGCUUUCCCCUCAUUUUCCUCAUGUUCUCCAAGGUAUCACAGAAUUGCCAGUACACAUUCUACAGAUACACCAACUGAUACGAGCUUCCAGACUGAACAGUCUAAUGAAACUCCACCCACGGAGGGUGAUGGAAGAGGUAGUGUGUCCAGAGGGGAUUCGGGGCAUAGUGACCAGUCGGAAUCCUCUCGUUCAACUCUUGAGUCAUCCACCAAUACUCCUGAUACAGAGAACAGAGAUCUUCCUGCAACCCCUGAUGUAACAAGAGGUAAGCUAGAAGGAGUUCCUGUUUGCCAGAGUACUCCUGAGUCAUCCCAGACAGAAAGUGAAGAUGUCUCACCUCAGGUCCAGAGAAGACGCCGACUUCACUCCCACUCAAAAGAGUCCUUACCAAGAUUUUCAAUAUCAGGGGAAGAAGAUUUAUUAAGUCUGCUCUUCCCUAGCUUGGAGGGUGUGAGCUUGCGAGAGCUCUCACCAGUCGAUGAGAAACCCGGCGCUUCUGAGCAUCUCUCAAUGCCUCGUGUAAACAUCCCCCCGGUGUCACCAGCAGUCAAGCAUAGAUCUCGUCCAGUCAUCAAGAGUGCUUCAGCAUCUGGAUUAUCACUGAUGAUUCCAACUGACAGCAUGCCUCAGCCCAUCCAGUCACCAGGAGGAUCUAGCACUGCCUCGUCACGUGAUACAUCUCCGUCAAGGGAAAUUGCUCCUUUCAUUAAUUCCCUUAAACCUCCUACAAUCAUUCGUCGUGGCCCACAGGGCUUCGGCUUUACUAUCCGAGCCAUUAGGGUGUAUUAUGGAGAUACUGAUUAUUAUACUGUUCAUCACUUGGUAAUGGAUGUUGAUCAGCGUAGUCCAGCAUUUGAGGCUGGUUUGCGUCCAGGUGACCUUAUAACACACAUCAAUGGAGAAUCUAUACAAGGAAUGUUCCACACACAAGUCGUAACAUUGUUGAUGAGUUCAACAGAUCACGCAUCGUUAAGAUCCAUGCCUUUAGAUCAGACAUCAAUUAGAACAGGUGGACGUAAGAGAAACCCAGGAGCCUCAAAACUUGCCAAGCGUAUGCCUGGCAAGAGCAGGAGAUCCAAUGAAAAAAGGCGCAAGACAUCCCUUUUCCGUAAGGUCUCCAGCAAACGUGUUUCUGCUGAAAUCCAACAGCUUGCUGCUUCAGCAUCACCUCCCAUGUUAACACCAAGUCGCAGCUAUCAAUCUCUGAAUCGCUCGGUUUCAUCACAAGAGAGUAUUCCAAAUUCUCCAACCCGCUGCAAGUCCCCACAUUCACCGCCAACUGCCCGUUUGUUUUCUCCUCCCAUAGACCAAGUUCAGUCUCCAGUAAAUUCUUCAGGCUCCUCAUCACCAACAUCAUCUGUGCCUAAUUCUCCAGCUGGAUCUUCAACAUUACAUCAGCGACCAUCAUCUCUCCAUGUUAUCAAUCAUAAAGUGACCAAUGUAAAAAGUUUCCGCUCACCAAACAGAAGAAAAUCAGUUGGCCACAUACCACUUUCUCCAUUAGCUCGGACACCUUCCCCUUCUCCCCUGCCAGCCUCACCAACAAGGUCACCUUCACCCCUCGUUCAUCAUCACAAUCACCAUCAUCACCAUCAUCAUUACCAUCACCAUUGUCCUGGUUCUUCAAACACGACUCAGACAUAUUCACCAGGUUCAUCCUUAACUCCAGGUCCUGCAGCAAAGAAAUGUAUUGGAAGGCCCAAGAGUGCUGAGCCUGGCUCUCCACUGUUGCGUCGUGCACUUUCGCCUGAUCGCCUCCACCCAAGGUCAGCAGAGGCUAAAGGCACACCAACCAUAAGCCCUCUAGCAACUCCAUCACCCAAGAGUGUAAGCAAUCCUCCAAGAGUAACAGUUACCUCACAAUCUCCACCAAAUUAUGAUACUUGUACCCCAAGUGUAGUACGCUCAGUUGCACCCACGUUGCUCACCCAGCGCUUCAUUAGUGCAGUCAGCCUUCCUCCAACACUCCCAACUACAACAUUAGAGGAGGCCCCAGAGGAAUUAGAUUCUCCUGAAUGUCCAGAGACAACACGAACAAAUUUUGGCGAGAGCCCCCAGGGAAAUAGAGGAUCACUGCCAGGGACCAACAGUGCUGGUUGUGGGGGCAAAGCAGCUUCAUCAUCAUCAUCUUCGUCGUCGUCAUCAUCAACUUCUUCUAGUUGCCAAGAUGGCUCUCAACCAACAACUCCUACUCAGAGUUCACAGGGGGGUGUAUGCGUUGAGAGAAAAGGAAGUAAAGGGCGGGCAGAAGGUAAAACUCGCAGUGAUAGUAGAGGCCGUAGGGAGGCAAGAGAAGCAAAAAAAGAUGAUGACAAGAGAGAUUCACGUCGGACGGCACAAGAAAAGAGGGAACUGUUUAAAGCGGGCAAGGAAAAAGAAGGCGGCACAACCUCCUAGGGUUGGCCCACCGCUGGCCUGCCCACAGCCCCUAGUGGCACACAAUUGUGCCUCCAACACUUGUGUGUGUUUUGGGCGGGACCGCGGCAAGUCCUCUCCAGUAAGAAAUAGUAAAUUUUUUGCAGCCUGUGAUGAUAACUCUCUCUAUCUCUUGACUACACUAAGAGUAGCCAAGCUACUGGAAUCAUUCCUGGUGAUUGUUAUAUAUAUAAAUAUAUAUAUAUAUAAAUAUAUGUAAAGUUGUGUGAAUUUGUUGUGAUGGCCUUAUGGCUCGGUUGUGUUAAUACCAUUGUGAUAUUAUGGAGACCAUGACAGUUUUAAGCUUGUGUCUGAUACAGUCAGCUACAGUUAGGCACUUUAACUCUUUGGUCUCUGUCAUUCUGUAAAUAUACUUAAUUUUACUGUCAUCUUUAUCUCAAGAAGAUUUUUACGUUUUUACUUACAUUGAAGUUACAUGUGUUUUAAGAGACAGAAUUAAUAUAAAUGUACUCAUUCAUUUGUCAUGUACAUGAAUUUUUCCCGUGUUGUGUAUAUUAUGAACCUCAUUGUCAUAUUGGUGUUCAAAACCUCACACACAUACCAUGUUGGAGGUGAUAGGUGGAAAUGAAAAAUGUGGUGAUUGGUCAGUUUAUUUGUAGUUUUCUACUAUCUCAGGAGAUAGAGGAUUGACUUUUGUUCACAUAAAAAGUCAACUAUUUUGUCUUUUCUUUUUAGGGUCAAAUUAUUGUCAGACUCUUGGUGAAACUGUUUUGCUUGUUUCCUUGCUGUGAUUUAAAAUAGAAUUACCAGGAGUACUUAAUACUAAUUAUUAUUUUUGAUUCAUGGUUAUUAUUACAAGAAAGUAGUAUUUUUGGGUGCCACAAUUACAUUUAAAUGCGUACCUGUAACAACUGAUGUGAUUUAUUGACAAUGGAUAUCAGUUUUAAAUAGCACUAUUGGCACAUCUUACAUUAGCAUUAGCUGGUAAAAAGUUCAUUAUGUCGUCAUCAAAAUGUAUUCAAAUUUAUGGAGGUCAAUUAUUUCAUGUGUGAGAUUUCAUCCAGUGAGCAGUUUUUAUGUAAAUGUCAUCCAGUUUUGCUGUAAAGUGGUGUUGUUUUUAUGAAAUACAGUAAUAUGAUGCUUCCUCAAUGCAUUUGUGCUGCGUGAUGGCCUGAUCUGGGUCUGUAAUGGAAUUUUGAUGCUUUAACAUAGCUGUAGUCCUUUGUAUCUGUGACGCCAGUCUCCCAUUAGAUAUUAGCAUUGAGGACAGGCAUUUGUAUAUUAUGUAGGAAAUUUAUGAAAAAGGUUUAAAAAAAUCUUGAUUUUCAUGUAUAGUGUUUCUAGUUUAUGAAUUCUCUAACUUUUUCCUAGAUUGUGGUUAGCGCAGUAGCCCCUGCUAAGUGUCAUUCUCACCAGAGCUGAUAAUGGGACCAGUGGCCAUGUGUCAUUUCACAGUCUGUGCCAGUGGAGUCUUCAAUGGGUCUUCCUUUCACAUCCAUGUUCAGGAGAUAGACCUUUCAACAAUGCAUAGGGAAUUUGUAUAGAAUAUGGAACUAUUUUUAGACAAAAUAGCAUCUUAGUGUAUUUGUUAGUGUAUACACCUCUUUGUGAUGGAAAAUGGUCAUGAAUUCUUUAAUGUAUUGAGAUGACUUGUGUUAAUAGCUGUAAUUCACAAAAAAACUUAUUUUAAGACUUUUGCCCCAAGAUGACAUUUGCAUCACCAUUUUUUCAGUCAGAAGGAAUUCAUUAAUUAUAGCUUGAAUUUAUUUAAUAAAUAUGAGCGGCUUUUAUGAAAUAUUCCUGCUUAGGAAUGUUUGAUUUCUUGAGCCAGUAGCUAACCAGUGAGUAAACUUUUGUUUCCCCCUUUUUUCUUACUGUCCCAGAAAGAUUUUGAAACUUCAGUUUAGAGGAAUUCUUUUUUCUUGGAUAUGAAGUAAUAUCCUUUUAAGGGGAUUGGGUAAUGUGUAGUAGAUUUGAAAUCAAACCUUGAGACAAGUCAAUUAGUCUUACUUUUGUUAUUUUGAAGUCAGAAGCUGGCAAUAUCUGUUAACUUGCUUCAGUCAAAUUUCAGUAGUAAAAUAUUUUCUAUUGGUGUUAGUUUGCUUUGGAGAAGCACUUCAGCUGCCUGUAUUCAGUAUUGUUUUGCGUGUGACUUUGUGUAAAUUCAUCCCCACUUCCUUAGUGCUUGAUGUUUGUCUUUCAACUGCACUAAAGGACUUGCCAUGCUUUUUUAGUACUAAAUGGAUUUGGUUUCUAUUGGAGAUAUAUUUGUUUUAGAAUUUAGUUGUUUGGUCCCAUGCUGCAUAACUUGCACUUAAUUUUGUUUUGCUUGUAUGGUUUUCAAAUGAUAUUUUUCAUUUAUUCAUGUUCAGGGUAUUUCUAGUAUUUAAUUUUACUACCCUUAUGAAGUUUAUAGUGGGCUAUACUCCCAUAUUCUCAUCCCAUAAAUAACAGUAUUCAGUUAAAGGAAAAUGCACUUUUUUUGUAUAUACAUUAGAAAACUUACUUUCAUGAUUUAUGUAACUGAAGCUUUCUACAGUUGUCAGGAUUUUUUUUUUAUGUAAAUGUAGAUAUCAAACUGCCUGUAAAACAGUAGCUGGAAUAAUUUAAGUAAGUUAAGCCCCUGAAUCUUGUCCCUGUUAAGUCAGACUUUAAUACCACCUUCAUGUCCAACAUGGUUGCUAAGUUGUCAUACAUCCCAUGUUUUCUAGAUACUAAAAAUAACUUAGAAAAAAAAUAAAGUCAUAGGUAA